ACUCUUCUCUUCAAACUCCAAACAAUGGAGGAAGAAGAUCGGAGGUGGGAGGCCAUGGAUAUGGACUGUCUCUUCAUCAUCUUCUCCAAACUCGGCCCGGAAGCCAUCGACGAUCUCUCGGUCUCCAUCCCUUUCGUUUGCCGCUCGUGGUCCGCCGCUGCCGGCAACCCUCUGAGCUGGAGAAUCCUCAACUUUCGGUCAAACGAUUUCAUGCCAUGGAGCUCCUUAGCCAAGAGAUUCAAAGCUCAGUAUCGGAUCUCAAGAUUCUCCUUUUCUGGUUUCAUUAAGCUCGCCGUCCGCCUCAGUCACGGCCUCGCCAGUGAGCUUUGGCUUCCCCCGUUGGCCUCUGUUGAGGAUUUGAUCCUCGCAUCAGAAUAUUGCCCGAGAUUGAGAAAACUAGGCUUGCCCAAACUGACUUUGAAUGAAGAAAGUAAGAUCCCCAGUCUCUUCUCCAAAUGGAAAGAGCUUCAGCAGCUCGAGCUGGAAUCAAAGCCUUAUAAUUUCUCCCAAUUGGCAGCCAUGAUUGGUCAAAAUUGCAACGAUUUCAUUGAACUGAAGAUGCCGAGUUCUGCCAUCAGCAAAGAAGAUGUGUUGGCGAUAAUUAAAUUUCUUCCAAAACUGAGAUCUUUGGAUCUCAGCAGAUCUUAUCUGCCUAAAAAGGAACUUCUUUUGAUAGUGGAGGGAUGCAGAGCAUUGGAGAGAUUAAGCGUGAAGAACUGUGUUGGGUUCGAAGCAGAUGAAGAGGUGAAGACAAAGGCUUGCAGGAUUGAGAAGUUUGAGUACGAGGGAUCGAAGAUGGAUUAUGAAGGUGGGUUUGAGGUAGAUGAAUGUGGUGAUUUGUAUGUUGAUGUGAUUUGAUCCUAACUUCAGUGUUUUAGUGGUGGUUGUUUGAUUGAUUUUGGUUGAAGGCUUGUUGAGGAAUUUUAUCAAACAAGAAGGAUUCUUCCACAUGUUUAUCUUUAACCAUUAAUUAAAAAGGAUGUUAAGUGUUAGAUGUGGGAGGAUUGGCUUUGGCUCCCCAAUUGCCCGCUGAUACAGGAGAAAUAAAAUAUGUUUAUUUCAUUGCAUUAUGUUUUUUAUGAUCACCUGUAUUAGUCUAAGCAGGUUGAAUAUUUCUUUAUAGUGUUCUUGUUUAGAUUUAAAUGUAUGAAGAGAAAGAAUGUAGAAACAUGUAAUAGAAUUCAUAUCUGAAUGGAUAAGAAAAAGUGCUCAAUGAAGCCCUUAGAAGUUCGACAAAAGAUAUGUGGAAGCCAUAAAUUAUCUUAAGAAGCAAACGAGACUGAGAAUGUAAGGCAGCAUACAACAACAACAACAACAAAAAAUUAUAGUAGGAAUGAUCUAAAUUCCGGUGAAACCAUGAAGGCAACGAGGUCUUCAAAAUGUUUGGAUAACUUCCCCGUUGAUUCCAUUGUUUGAUCUUUGAUAUA